AUGCGGACGGGUUCGCCAGUGCCGGCCGAUGUAGAGUUGGCAGUGAGGGAUGCGCUGCGCAGCAUUGAGCGGGGCCUCGGUGGGCCAGCGCUCAAGGACUCCUUCAAGUUGGAGGACAUCCGUCUGCCCUUGCAGAUGCUCGAUGAGAAGCAGAAGUCUGCAAUCGUAGCCGUCGGGAGUUGGUUCUUGCUUCGCGAGAUAGAGAUUGCCGCCUUGCGACAAAAGCACAUGCAGAUCGACAGAGAGGCCCAGACAAUCAUCAUGACACUUUGGGCGUCCAAGACCGACCAAAUUGGAAACUUGGUCACAAGGACGCACAGAUGCUAUUGUGGCUCCGUUGGCCCCUGCUUAUGUCCUUUCCAUGUGGCUCUUGCUUUCUCUGAGGGGCUGCAGGUCGAUCCGGAAGCGCCUUUGUUUACAGACAGAGCAGGUAGCGUGCUGAGCAAGAGUGAAACAAUUGAGAGUAUCCGUUCCAUCUUGCAGUGGAACAGUGUACCACUGGUACGCCCUGGCCCCGCAGGGCACCAGCAAGUUGAGCGUUUUGGAGGCAACGUUUUGCGCGUCAGCGGUUCUCAGUUCAUGGCCAGGCGCGGGGUGCCUCUUUCCACCAUCAUGUUGGUGGGGCAGUGGGGCUCGUCCUCCAUAGAACGCUAUGUGCAGGAGGCAGAGCUCGACAGCUUCGUCUUGCCAAACAAGAAAGACGUGCCGGGGUCAAGCACGCAGACUGAGACGGUGGCGCUUCUCCAGGAACGCGUACAAAGUAUGGCAGACGCGAUAGAGAAGCUCCAGUUGCGCCCGGACUUGGUGAUCGCAAAGAAAGCCCACCUUCGUGACCUGCGCCGUCAGAGACGGCUGCAACCUUUGGACCCGGAGACACAGAGAUACCUCUGGCUGGCGCCUGAUUGCCUUGAACCUUUGGACCUGGUGCAGGCGGAGACACGGAGAUACCACCGGCUGGCGCCUGAUUGCCUUGAAGCUUUGGACCUGAGGCACGGAGAUACCGUGUGGUGCAAACUGGCUGGCGCCUGA